CUUCAUCGACGUCGCCGGCCGCUUCAGAGCCUAAAUUUGAAGCACGAGAGGGAUUUUUUGGGGCAAUCAGAAGGUUUUUGAAUAUACGUGCUGGUCGGAGCCAUGCAGGCAUCAAGAGCAAGGCUUUUCAAGGAGUACAAAGAGGUGCAACGGGAGAAGGUUGCAGACCCCGACAUUCAGCUAACUUGUGAUGAUUCCAAUAUAUUCAAGUGGACUGCUCUUAUCAAGGGACCUUCUGAAACUCCAUAUGAAGGUGGUGUAUUUCAACUUGCAUUUGCCAUACCAGAGCAGUACCCUCUGCAGCCUCCACAAGUGCGAUUUCUCACGAAAAUAUUUCAUCCAAACGUGCAUUUUAAGACAGGGGAGAUCUGCCUUGAUAUAUUGAAGAAUGCUUGGAGUCCUGCAUGGACCUUACAGUCCGUUUGUAGGGCUAUAAUUGCUUUGAUGGCGCAUCCAGAAGCGGACAGUCCUCUCAACUGUGACUCAGGCAAUCUUCUGCGAUCUGGUGAUAUGAGAGGAUACCGAUCAAUGGCAAGGAUGUAUACAAGACUUGCUGCCAUGCCAAAGAAAGGUUGAACGCCCCACUACUAUGUAUAGAAGAUUUCCUCGUAAUGUACUAAUUAUGUAUCAGUGGAGGGCAAAGUGUAAGUGUUGAGCGCGUUACGGAUUGCGGUAUAAUUAUUCAUGUCUGUAUUUGGAGUUGAUUUCUGCAUGGGAGUUUUAUGGCUUACAGUUUGCACUUGAAUGGUGUGCGCAAGUUGAGAUGUGGUUAUGUAUUGCCACAAUAAAGAUGGUGGGGUUGAUAUACUUUUUUUUAAGUAAUUAUGACUUGUGAUUUGGUAUA